AUGUUAAAUACUGUUUUUAAUAAAAAUUGGAAUUACUUUAUUUGCUUUUUUAUAAUUACUUUUUUGUUGAUUUAUGUGACUUAUUUUCAACAGAAUAUUGACGAUAGAAUAAGUGUCUUCAAAAUAUUUCAUGUUUUUCAAAGCUUGAUGAUAUUACAUAUCAUUUGCUCGCCAUUUCAUUUAGCAGUUACCUUGUUUUGGUUAUUAUUUCCUUUACGUUCAUUUUCUCAGACUUAUUGUGCAGCAGGUACUUACCCAUUAAACUCUGAAUGUUUGCCCUGUUCUUCAGGGACUUAUAAAUCAAAUUCAGGAAAUUCUUCUUGUACGCCUUGUGCAGAAGGUAAAUACAGUCAAAAUGAAGGUUCAAUUACUUGCACCAAUUGUCCUGCUGGAACAUUUUCAAUUUCUGGUUCUACGGGAUGUUCUGACUGUCCAGCUGGCACCAUGUCUACAGAAAAAUCGGGAAGUUGCACUCUUUGUUCUGCGGGUUAUUACUCAGUAAGAGCAGCUUCUGUUUGUUUGGAGUGCCCAGCAGGUUCUUAUUCAUCAAAAAUUUCUUCAAGUUGCACGUUGUGUGGGAUGGGAACUUACUCGACAGCUCAUUCGUCUUCUUGCAAGAAUUGUAGUCAGGGUUAUUAUACGGAUGAAGUCGGUACCUCUGAAUGUAAAAUGUGUUCUGCUGGCACCUUUUCUUUGAGUGGUGCUACUAUUUGUACAAACUGUCCAGCUGGUCAGACGUCAAAUAUAAGAAGUUCAGCUUGUACAAAUUGUACUGAUGGUUAUUAUUCCAAUUCUGGUGAUCAAACUUGCACAAUAUGUCCAGCUGGAUAUUUUUCAAAGAGCGGAAACGCCACUUGCACUAUUUGUCCAGCUGGAACAUAUUCCGCAGAAGGUGCCUCAAUCUGCGCACGAUGUAGUCAGGGUUAUUACUCAAAUGAAGGAGCUACAGCAUGCACAAAGUGUGAGAGUGGAUACGUUUCUGGAUAUGGGGCACAAACUUGUACAAUAUGUCCAGCUGGAACAAAACCAAAUUAUUACAACUCUACUUGUUCAAAUUGUGGUGAUGGUUAUUAUUCCAAUUCUGGUGAUAAAACUUGCACAAUAUGUCCAGCUGGAUAUUUUUCAAAGAGCGGAAACGCCACUUGCACUAUUUGUCCAGCUGGGACAUACUCCGCAGAAGGUGCUGCAAAUUGCACAAAUUGUGGUCGAGGUUUUUACUCAAAUGAAGGAGCUACAGCAUGCACAAAGUGUGAGACUGGGAGUGUAUCUAUUACUGGGUCUUCAUCAUGUACGAUAUGUCCGGCUGGUACUAAACCAAAUUAUUAUAAUUCUACUUGCACAAAUUGUAGCAGUGGUACUUACUCGAAUUCUGGUGAUAGUACUUGCACGAAGUGUCCAGCUGGCUAUUUCUCAAAAAGUGGAGACGCAACAUGUAGUGCUUGUUCAGCUGGAAAUUAUUCUGCGGAAGGUGCUUCAAGUUGUUUACAAUGUGAACAAGGUUCGUAUUCACAUGAAGCAGCUUCCAUUUGUACCAAAUGUGAGAGUGGAUAUGUAUCAGUGGCCGGGUCAUCUAUUUGUACGAUAUGUCCGGCUGGCUAUAGACCAUAUUCAUAUAAUUCAACAUGUAAAAUCUGUGACAGUGGUUAUUAUUCUAAUUCUGGUGAUCAAACAUGUACAAAGUGUUUAGCUGGCUAUUUCUCAAAAAGUGGAGAUGCAACAUGUACUAUUUGUCCAGCUGGUACUUAUUCAAAUGCAGGCGCUUCAGGUUGUUCAAAUUGUGGUCAGGGUUCUUAUUCAAAUGAAGGAUCUUCAGCAUGCGUAAUGUGUGAGACUGGGAGUGUAUCGGUAGUUGGGUCGCCGUCUUGUACAAUAUGCCCUGCUGGAACAAAACCAGAUACAUCGAACGCUACUUGCAUAAAGUGUAGUAAUGGAUAUUACUCCAAUGCUGGUGAUCAAUUGUGCACACAGUGUUCAGCCGGCUAUUUCUCAAACAGUGGAGACGCAACAUGUACUGCUUGUCCAGCUGGAUCUUAUUCGGGUAAAGGUUUUUCAAGUUGUUAUAAAUGUUCAAAUGGGCAAUCAUCAAAUGAAGGUUCGUCUUCAUGUUAUAAAUGUUCUGCUGGGUAUUUUUCCAAUAGUGGAGAUGCGACUUGCACAAAAUGUGCUGCCGGAUAUUAUUCACUUGGUGGUACUAAUACAUGCACAGAUUGUCCACUUGGGACUUACUCCACUUUAGGAUCAUCAGGAUGUAUCGAGUGUGGAAUUGGCACGUAUGCACCUUCGAAAUCUCCAAGUUGCAUUGACUGUCCCGCCGGCACUUAUAACAACAAAAACAAACAAAGUGUUUGUCCAGUAUGUUGGGCAGGAACAUAUUCAAUUCAAAAUAGUGUUGCCUGUUUGGAUUGUCCAGAUGGCACCUAUUCACUUACAAAUUCAUCGAGUUGUACCAAAUGUAAUUCUACGUGUUUAACUUGUUCUGUGACAACCGGUAAAUGUACUUCUUGCCCUGCUGGUAGGUAUUUGACCAAUUUAAAUCAAUGCCCUUUGUGUGCUGCGGGGUACUUUUCUCUAGAAAACAGUCCCGGUUGUACAGCAUGUGCAAGUGGUUUUUAUUCCAAUGAAGGAUAUUCGGCAUGUAUCGAAUGCAAUAGCACUUGUAAUAAGUGUGAUAGUAAAAGUGGAAAUUGCACUUUAUGUUUUGUAGGGAAUUAUCUUUUUGAAGGGAAAUGUUUGAGUUGUAAAUUGGGUACUUAUUCGUCAACAAUGGCAGCAACAAAAUGUACAACAUGUCCAGAAAUGACUUACACGCUGUCUUAUGGAAGUUUUGCGUGUUUACUAUGUAAUUCUUCAUGCAAGAGUUGUGAUAAUACAAACGGAGACUGUCUUUCUUGUUAUCAGGGAAGCGUUUUAAAAAAUGGAAAAUGUGAAAUGUGUCCAUCCGGGUCAUUUUCAUUAAAUGGAGUCUGUACUUUGUGUGGGUUGGGAACGUUUUCAAACCAAAACUCCACUUCUUGUAUUGAGUGCACAGAUGGAACAUUUUCAAAAGAAACUGGCACUACUACAUGUCAAAACUGUGAUUCGAAUUGUCUUAAUAUAUGUGAUAAAACAACCGGUAAAUGUAAGUGUGUUGCUGGAUACAUUUUUACCGAUUAUCAAUGCAAAGGCUGUGAUGCAGGGUUUUAUGCAAAUCGAGUCACGGAUAGAUGUGACAUUUGCCCAUCAGGUUCAUACUCCGAUGUCGCCUCUUCGUCGUGUAAAUAUUGCUCAGAAAACACAUUUUCUUAUCAACAAUCAUCAAAAUGUAGUUCAUGUGACUCGAAGUGCAAUGGUUGUAAUCCUUCCACUGGUGAUUGUACUUUAUGUAUUUUUGGAUACGAAUUAGUUGAUAAAAAUUGUCAAAUUUGUGGAGUUGGAACAAAAGGAGUCAAUUCAAAAUGUGAAACGUGUCUAAAUAAUACGUUCCAGAAUGAGACUGGAAAGACAUUUUGUUAUGAAUGUGACAUCAGUUGUCAAACAUGUGAUUAUAUGACUGGUCAAUGUUUAACAUGUCAAGCUGGAUACGGUUUUAAUGAUGGGAAGUGCACAAAAUGUUCUGAUAAAACAUUUUCAAAAGGAGGAAAUGAUGUCUGUGAAAACUGCCCAACAAAUUGCACAUAUUGUGUAUCUACAACUGGAGACUGUUCGAUUUGUCCAUCUGGACAAAAGGAGGUUGAUUCCAUUUGUAUUUCAUGUUCUUUAAAUGGAAAUUGUGCGAUGUGCUCAACAUUAGAAACUGAAAGUGAAAGGAUUUGUAAACAAUGUGAGUUUGGCUACUUUUUAAAAGAUAAAGAUUGUCUUGAUUGUCAUGAGAUACACACAAAUUGCGAGAAAUGUUCCCAAAGUGAAAGUGUGUGUAUGAGUUGCAGUGACAAUUAUAUAGUUAGAAACAACAAUUGUUCAAAAUGUGAAACUGGUACAAUAAAAAGUACCACAAAAGAGUGUGUGAAUUGUUACGAAGUUAUUCCAAAAUGCCAGAUUUGUGAAUAUGAAAGAAAUAUACAAAAGUGCACAAAGUGUUUUGAGCCGUAUUACCUUUCUGAUGAUAAUAUUUCUUGUUUACUUGCUUAUACAACAACAUCACAUUACAAUUCAUCAACAGCAAAUAAAAUUGAAAAUAACGAAGGAUGUACAAAUCAAGUCGAUAACAACUGUUUUGGCUGUGAUGAAACUCAUUAUUUGAUAAAUUAUAAAUGUGAACAAAAUAAUGACACAAAGUGCUUAAAAUACUCAACAAAGUCGUGUGACAAGUGCAGCACAAACGUGAUUUCUUUAAAUGGAAAAUGUGAUAUCGAAGCAGACUGUAAAUAUCAGAAGAAUUAUUUGAAUGGAAGUAAUUCCGAGUGUUAUUUCUGUGACAAAGAAAUUGGCUGUGGUAAAAUUGAUAAUUGUGACGUGGCACAAAAUGAUUAUUGUUACAGGGCAAAUGAUUUUUAUUAUACAAACGAAAGUGGUGAAAUAACAAACUGUGGAGCAUCCAAAAAGUGUCAAAUGUUUAAUGGAAAGAAAAUAGACUAUGUUUGUAAUACAAAUACUCUAUUAUCAGAUGACAACGUUUGUAUUGUUGAUUUAACGUGUAUAGCAAUUCAACAUAGUCGAUGCGUCAAAUGUAAUUCAGAUCAACAUUUGGCAUAUGGAAGUUGCAUAACAAAUGACAACGAAUGUUUGAUACAAAACAAAGACUAUUGUAUUAAGUGCAAUUCAAAAAUGAUGAGUGAAGGUCGGUGUGUAUCUUUCGAUGACAUCAAAUGCUUAAAUCAUGAUGUUAUUUGCAUAUCUUGCGGUGAAGGGUUUUAUAAAGAUGUCAAUGAAUGUAAAAACAAAAAUGAGAAUUAUCCAAAUUGUAUUUAUGUUGAUGUUGCAAAUGAAAGUUGUUUUGAAUGCGAAGCGGAGUUUUAUUUGGAAAAUGGUGGAUGUGUGUUAUUGAGCAAUUCGACUUCAAAUGUUACAAAUAGCACAGACAACACAACUGAUAUCAAUAACAAUACAAUGAGUGAUUUAAUAACAGACAAAAAUUAUAGACAAGAAAGAAUUAAGCAAAACAUAAAAACAGAAGAAACAGACAAUUUAUUUGAAUCGAAUUGUAACAAGAAAAGUCCCAAAGGGUGUCAAAGGUGUUCAGAUGGUUAUUAUUAUUUAAAGGGUGAAUGCAUUGAAUGUGAAUAUCCCUGCAUCAAUUGUUACAAUAAAACUUAUUGUACGUCAUGUGAUCAGUAUUCAUACAUAUCAAAUGGUGGUCAAUGCACAGCUAUCAAUGACAUAUUUAAAUUGUGUGAUUUGAUGAAUCCUGACUACACUGGCUGUGUUGUUUGUAAAAAUGGAUACAUGCGAUCGUCUGAUGGCAAAACUUGUGAACCGUGUGAUAUAUCAUGUUCUACAUGUACAAACAAUGGAAAUUGUAUAUCAUGCAAUGAAAGUUAUUAUCGAACGCCACAAAACUCGACAUGGUAUUGUAAUCCACAGUCUGAGUUACUUCAUUGUUUAAAUGUCACUGUUGAUGGGUGUAUUGUAUGUGAAAGGGGGUAUUACAACAAAGACAACACAUGCGAAAAGUGUCAUGAAAAGUGCAAUGAAUGUUCAAAAAUUGAUAUUUGUACAAAUUGUAGUGAAAACAACAUUUUGGUGAAUGACUUCUGUUAUGAAUUUUCAAUUAUUCCAAAUUGCAUUUCAUCAUCAAACAACGUCUGUACAAAAUGUUCUGAAAAUCACGAAUUAAGUAGUGAUAAACUUUCUUGUGACAAAAUAGUGAGAUAUGGACUCAUAAUUGGUCUACCAGUGAGUGUCGUCUCAAUAUUAAUAAUAAUUAUUAUUAUAAUUAUAGUAAUAACAGUUAUUAUAAUUCAGCGUCGUAAAAGAAAAAUCGAAGAACAAAAGAUUUGCGUGUUUGAUAUGAAACGAUCGAAUAUAGAAAUGGUGAUACUAUCGGGUGAUGUGAUGGUCAAUAUGAAAUCGUUAAAUUUUAAUGAAGAUGAAAAACUACUUUUAGUUGACAAAGAAAGCCGUUCACUUCUUUGUGUUGGAAACAAAUCAAAAAGUAAUAUGAAAGUCCAAAUCACCACAAAAGAAAACUGUGAAAAAUAUUCAAUUCGAACUGAACCAAAAUUGGUGAAUUUAAAAAGUGGGUUUGCUUGCGAAUUUGAAAUAUUUAUAACGCCGCAUUGUACUUUGAAUUUAAAUGACAAUAUCGUCAUUAUCACACUUAAACUGAACAGUGGUGAGGUGUGUACUAACAAUUUUAAAAUUGUGUGUGCCACUGAAAACAGCACCAAACUUGAUUACGACGAAUUGAUUGAAGAGAAGAAACUUGGUGAAGGCUCAUUUGGUGUUGUGUUUAAAGGCACAUUCAGAGGAAACACAGUUGCAAUCAAAAAGAUGAAAAACAGCAAUGAAGACAAAGAAAAAUGUGACGAGUUUGAGAAGGAAGUGAGUAUGUUAGACAAGUUCAGAAAUGAGUAUAUAGUCCACUUCUAUGGUGCUGUAUUUAUACCAAGUCACAUUUGCAUGGUUUCUGAAUUUGCAGAAUAUGGGAGUUUACAGGAUUUGAUCAAACACAAAAAGAGUGAUGAAGUUGACAUGAAGUUGCGUGUCAAAAUGCUGUUGGAUGCAGCAAAGGGAAUAUUGUAUUUACACGAGAACGGGAUAUUGCACAGAGACAUCAAACCAGACAACAUUCUUGUCUUUUCAAUUGAACUAAACGAUGGUGUCAAUGCAAAGCUGACUGACUUUGGAAGUGCAAGAAACGUCAAUAUGAUGAUGACCAACAUGACAUUCACAAAAGGUAUCGGAACUCCAAAAUACAUGGCACCAGAAAUUCUUAAUAAACAACACUACAAGAAACCAGCUGACGUGUAUUCGUUUGCAAUCACUAUGUACGAGUGCUUUGGUUGGACAGACCCAUAUCCAAAACAAAGUUUUAUGUUUGCUUGGUCCAUAGCUGAUUUUAUUUCGUCGGGAAAACGCCUUGAAAUAAUUGAUGGUAUUCCAAACAAUGUAUAUGAUAUUAUAUCUGCUUGUUGGCGACAAGAUACUGAAAAUCGAAUGCAAAUUAAUGAUGCUGUUAAAAUGCUUCAAAGAUAUUUUGAUGAUAAUUGA